AUGUUGUUCUUCAUCUUUUCUUCAUUCGCUUUAAUGGCCUCAGCAGUCGUCAUCCCAGGCCCUCCCGGCCCAUAUCUCGUUGCCUUGCGGGUGAAAGCGUUCGAAGACGCAGCACGAUGGGACCCUCACGCCCCUCAAGACCAACCUGAGAAGCGCAGAGUUAUGGUCUCCGUCCACGUUCCCCUGAAGAAGGAAGCGAAAUGUUCCAUCGAAACCGUUCCCUAUGUGCCGCCUACCACAGCAGUCGCCCUCGGCCAAGGGGCCGCGACCCUGUUUGGACUACCGGACACCAUCUUUUCCGGGAUGGAGCUUGAGUUCUGCAACAUCGAUACUCCUUGCGCCGGGGCCGAGAAAAAUGAAGAGUACCCUCUCGUUCUCUUCUCACACGGACGAGCUAGCUCAAGACUUGCGCAUGGUGUGCUGGCGCGGUCUCUUGCUAGUUAUGGAUACAUCGUCGUCACUCUGGACCAUACGUACGAUGCCGCGAUCGUUGAGUUCCCUGAUGGAAUUAUCAGAUUUGCGGAGAACGCGACGAAUAGCGACACGGCUUACGUUAAGAGCCUUCUUGAGGUGAGUCUACUUUUUGCAGAACCUAGCCAUGUCGAAUCGAAGAUACUAAACAUCGCUAUCCCACAGAGUCGUCAGAAAGAUGUCUCUUUCAUAAUCGACCAGCUUCUGGACCCUUCGGUAGCUACACCGCUCCUCGCUGGGACUCAGGCUUCCAUCAACCCAGAGAAGAUCUUCAUCGCCGGUCAUUCCUUCGGAGGCGCUACGGUAGCCUCAUCCCUCUAUGUCGAUGACCGCAUCCUCGGCGGCCUCAACUUCGACGGUCAGAUGCUCGGACCAGUCCUGGCCGAGGGAAUCGAUAAACCCCUGGUGCUGGUCGGCACACCGACGACGUUUGACUACAUUUCCGGCUGGAAUGAGACUUGGGCUAAUCUGCGCGGCCCGUCCUUGAUGUUGAUCGUCAACGGGACAACCCACAUGUCUUUCUUCGACGCUCCGCAACUUCCGGCCGUCAAGGCUUUGCCCAUAGAGUAUUCCGAUCUCAUCAAGCAGGUUUUGGGCACCAUAGACGACGAUGUGUUGGCCAAGAUUGAGAUUGAGCUCUUACGGAGGACAUUGGACUUUGUCUUGGAGGGUCACAGAGAUGCGUUGUGCAACAUUGAGAGCGUCGGCCCUGGUGUUAGCCAGCUGCGAGUCAAGAACUUUAAGUGCUCUUAA